CACUAAAUUAACAUACAAAUAUAUAGCCAUUAAUGAUGUCAUCUCUUCUUUGUUCAUGGGCAGCCACGUCCAUCCCUCUUCUUUCCAUCCCAAGCUCCUCUUCCUCCUACUCUUCUUCUCUAGUUCUCUACCCUAAGCCAAAGGCACGUAAUGGUAGUACCAAGGCCACAAGGCCGUUUUGCAAUGCCAGAAGAAAUGACGACCAAAACAAGAAUUCCACCCAAGAAAAUAAGUUGGACAGGAGGAAUAUGCUAAUAGGAUUGGGGGGUUUGUAUAGUGCGGCAAAUCUUGGUUCUAAUACACUUGAAUCAUCGGCUGCUCCGAUACCACCCCCUGACCUUAACACUUGUCGUCCUAACUUAGGACCGCCGGUGCCGUAUAGCUGUUGCCCUCCUGUUAAUACCACAAUUGUCGACUUCAGGCCCCCAAAUAAUCCUCCCAUGCGCACUAGGCCUGCGGCUCAUUUGGCCAAUGCUGAUUAUAUGGCGAGAUACAACCGGGCAGUGCAGCUCAUGAGGAAUCUUCCUGCAACCGACCCACGCAACUUUAUGCAACAAUCGUAUGUGCAUUGCGCUUACUGCAAUGGUGCCUAUUUCUAUCCAGCCGCGCAAGGGCUGAAUGGAGGGCAGAUUCAGGUUCAUGGUAACUGGCUAUUUUUCCCGUUCCACAGGUGGUACUUGUACUUCCACGAGAGAAUCUUGGGGAAUUUAAUCGGCGAUCCAAAUUUUGCUUUACCAUAUUGGAACUGGGAUAGUCCUGAUGGUAUGAACACUCCUCGUAUGUAUACGGAUAGUAGAACCUACCCUGCCUUAUUCAACGAAAGGCGUAACCAGCAGAUUUACACUAGACCUGUCAAUUUGGCCACUGGAGGUAGCAGCAAUAUGACUCCCCAACAGAUAGCUAAUAACAAUUGCACCGUAAUGAAUAAUGAGAUGAUUCGUACUGCCACCACCCUUGAGACGUUCAUGGGGAGUCCGUAUCGUCGAGGAAAUGCUGUACCAAAUGCACCUGGAACAUCCGAGCGUGGUUCACACAAUGCCGUACACAGAUGGUGUGGAGACCCGAGGCAGCCAGCGGGAGAGGACUUGGGCAACUUCUACUCCGCAGGUCGAGACCCCAUCUUCUAUGGUCACCACGCCAACGUCGACCGAAUGUGGACAAUAUGGCGACAGGGAAGAGCCAACAACCAGCGAGAUUUCACGGAUACAGACUAUUUGAAUACCCAGUUUUUGUUUUAUGAUGAAAACAGCCGGCUUGUGCGUGUUCGGGUUGCUGACUGCUUGGACAAUGCGAGACUGGGAUAUCAGUACCAAACUAAUGGGGUCUCUGUUCCAUGGACUAACUGCCCCCCUUCUGCCAGUGUACGCGGGACCAGAGCAGCAAGAAUAGUGGACGCCCCGAAACUGGAAACCCUCGAAUUCCCUCUGAAACUCGACAAGGUUGUCAAAGUUCGGGUCCCCAGGCCCAGGAAAUUGAGGACGCCGGAAGAGAAGGAGAACGAGGUAGAAUUACUGUUGAUCGAAGACAUAGAGGUGGAUAUAGGUGAAUUUGCAAAGUUUAACGUUUUCGUGGAUGAGGAAGAGGACGAUUUUGAUGACUUGAACAAGGCUGAGUAUCUGGGAACCUUUUCCCAUGUGCCCCAUAAACAUGACACUCCGAUGAAGAUCAAGGCGCAGGAAAGGUUGGAAUUGCAGGCGCCGCUGGAGGACUUGGAUGUUGAAGGUGAUGAGGAAAUAUUGAUCACUUUGGUACCUAUAGCGGGGGAUAUCACUAUUGGUGGUAUCAAGAUCACCUAUGCUCCUUCCUCCUCAUAAGAAUGCAUGUUGUGAUGAUCAAGUCUUGGCCUAUGAACUAUAUGAUGCUCAGUAAUUGAGUAUUAUCAAAAAGUACAUGAAAAUAAUUAUUAUUGAAUAAGUACUUUAUAAAAAAAAAAUCUGGGUUUUCAUAUA